ACAGAUAUACAUACACCUUACACUGUAUCGCACCUUCUCCGAGACUCAUUUACAAGAUCACCACAGCUCAGUUGCUCAGAUCAAUACCAGACCUUCAAGAUGCCCGCUGUUAUUGAGCACUCGGUCACUACGGAGGUCCCUGGACCUAUCUCCAAGGCCAGCGCAAAGAAGCUCGAUACCUUCUUUGACGCCCGCGCCGUUCACUUCGUCGUCGACUACGACAAGAGUUCCGGAAACUACAUCGUCGACGUUGACGGCAACAAGUACCUCGAUGUUUACUCCCAGAUCGCCUCCAUCCCGGUAGGCUACAACAACCCCACCCUCAUCGAGGCCGCCAAGUCCCCCGAGAUGAUCUCCGCCCUCGUCAACAGACCCGCCAUCGGCAACUUCCCCUCGGGCGCCUGGCACGACCUCCUCCAGAACGGCCUCAUGAAGGCCGCCCCGGAGGGACUCAACCACAUUUUCACCGCCCAGUCCGGCUCCGAGGCCAACGAGCUGGCCUACAAGGCCGCCUUCAUGCUCUACCGCCGCCGCGAGCGCGGCGAGGCCGAGUGGUCGCACGAGGAGAUCCACUCGUGCCUGCACAACACCACCCCCGGUUCCCCCGAGCUGGCCAUCAUGAGCUUCAAGAACUCCUUCCACGGACGCGGCUUCGGCAGCUUGUCCACCACGCGCAGCAAGGCCGUGCACAAGCUCGAUAUCCCCUCGUUCAACUGGCCCCAGGCUUCGUUCCCGGCGCUCAAGUACCCCCUGGACAAGUACGCGGCCGAGAACGAGGCCGAGGAGAAGCGCUGCCUGAAGGAGGUGGAGGAGCUGAUUCAGAGCUGGCACUGCCCCGUUGCUGCUGUUAUCGUUGAGCCUAUCCAGUCCGAGGGCGGCGAUAACCACGCUUCCCCUGCCUUCUUCCAAGGUCUGCGCGACAUCACGCAGAAGCAUGCUGUUGUCAUGAUUGUUGAUGAGGUCCAGACUGGCUUCGGCGCUACUGGCAAGUUCUGGGGCCACGCUCACUGGAACCUCACCUCCCCUCCCGACAUCGUCACCUUCUCCAAGAAGGCCCAGACUGCCGGCUACUACUUUGGCGACCGCAUGCUGGUCCCCGACAAGGCUUACCGCCAGUUCAACACCUGGAUGGGUGAUGCCGCCCGCGUCAUCGUCUGCAAGGCAGUUAUUGACGAGAUCCGCGAGAAGAAGCUCGUAGAGCAGACCGCUCGCGUUGGUGAAGUCCUCUACGCCGAGAUGGAGAAGCUCGCCCAAAAGUACCCCGACCACGUCAUGAACCUUCGCGGCAAGGGCCAGGGCACCUACGUCGCCUUCGACACCCAGAGCGCGGCUGCCGUCACGAGCUCGAUGAAGCGCCUCGGCGUCAACAUUGGCGCUUGCGGCAAGGAGACCAUCCGUCUCCGCCCCAUGCUCAUCUUUGAGGAGGCGCAUGUGCCCAUUUUGAUCUCUGCAUUUGAGAAGACCUUUUCUUCAUUGUAA